AAUAACAUGAAAAAAAUUCCAGAAAAAGGGAAAAAAUUUCAUAUAUAUACAUAUACUUGUACUAGCACAUAAAUAUCUGCACAAUUCUAGAUUUUCUCUCUCGGAUCCUUUCCAUUUUCUCCGAUCAUCUCGAGUAGCCAUGGCUAAUGCGGCAUCAGGCAUGGCUGUCCAUGACGAUUGCAAGCUGAAGUUUUUGGAGUUGAAAGCUAAGAGGACUUAUCGCUUCAUAGUAUACAAAAUUGAGGAGAAGCAAAAGCAGGUCAUCGUGGAAAAGCUUGGUGAACCUGCUGAGACUUAUGAGGACUUUGCUGCUAGUAUGCCUGCAGAUGAGUGUCGAUAUGCAGUGUAUGAUUUUGACUUCGUGACGGCGGAGAGUUGCCAGAAGAGCAGGAUUUUCUUUAUUGCGUGGUCACCUGAUACGGCAAAGGUUAGAAGCAAAAUGAUCUAUGCUAGUUCCAAGGAUAGAUUUAAGAGGGAAUUGGACGGGAUUCAGGUGGAGCUGCAGGCAACUGACCCAACUGAGAUGGAUCUGGAUGUCUUUAAAAGCCGCACCAGCUAAAUAAAAUCCUCUAGUACAGCAACAGACGUGUUCUUGCUUUGCUCGAGAAAUGCUAAUAGUCUGUCGGGACAGGAGGGAAAUAUGGUGGUGGUUUGUUAUCGAGUUUUACGGUGAAGUCUUCUUCUAGAUAACUGAUGUGGUUUCGAUCUUAUUUUGCUUUAUGGUGUGAAAUGUGUGCAAAUGAAUUGCUCUUGUUUGGAGCCGGUGACAGUUAGCAAUCCUUGAUUGUUGUUUCUUUGGUUUGUAUGUUUCUAUUGAUAGCUGACCUGAUUGCAACUUCUGUAUAUUUGAUCCUUGGAAAUGCUGACUGUUCGCCAUUGAGUCAUUUAUAGUCGUUUACUUCA